CGGCGCUCCCCUUCCCGCAACGUCACAGCUUAAGACCUGCGCUGGAGUAGCGCUCUGCGCACCCAACGCACCUGCAGCAACGCCACUGGUCUCCCCUUGGCAGUUUCCGGUGGUCACUAUGGAUAAACUGGCUAAUGCAAACUCGCAGUUUGCUCUGGAUCUUUUUCAAAAGUUGAACGAAGACCACCCAACCGACAACAUUUUCUUUUCUCCGAUCGGCGUAUCUUCCGCCCUGGGCAUGAUCUACUUAGGGGCCGGGGGUAACACAGCCACGCAAUUCAAAAAGAUACUUCAUGCUGAUGGUGUUGAAGACUUUCAUUCAAUAUUAUGCACGCUCAAUACUAAGCUUAACCGGAGCAAUGCACCCUAUAUUCUGAAGCUUGCUAAUAGGUUGUAUGGAGAGAAAACUUACACCUUUUUGUCUGAUUUCUUGACUAGCACUCAGAAUUUGUACGGAGCUGAAUUAUCCACAGUGGACUUCUCAAAUGCUCCAGACAAGGCAAGAAAAGAAAUUAACCAGUGGGUUGAACAGCAGACCGAAGGUAAAAUCCCUGAGUUGUUAUCUGAAAGCUCCAUCAGCGAAGUAACCAGACUGGUUUUGGUGAAUGCUAUCUACUUUAAAGGCAGCUGGGCAGAGGCAUUUAAAGAAGAAGAAACUAAAGACAAGCCUUUUAGACUAAAUAAGACAGAAAAGAAGAACGUGAAGAUGAUGUUCAUGAAAGAGAAACUUCCUUUUGGUUAUAUCCCUGAAUGCAAGUGCCGUGUGCUGGAACUCCCAUACCAGGGAGAAGAAUUUAGCAUGAUAAUCCUUCUGCCUGAUGAUAUUGAGGAUAAUUCCACAGGCCUGGAACAGCUGGAGAAGCAGCUUAGUUUGGAGAAACUGCAAGAGUGGACCCAGCCGAAAAAUAUGCCUUCUGACGUUGACAUCUAUGUACAUCUACCUAAAUUUAAGCUGGAGGAAAGCUAUGAUCUUAAAUAUUACUUAACAGCAUUGGGGCUUUUAGAUGUGUUUGACAGUGGCAAGGCAAAUUUGUCUGGAAUGUCAGGAGCCCAGGACCUGCAUGUGUCUAAAAUUGUUCACAAGUCAUUUAUAGAAGUAAACGAAGUGGGCACUGAAGCAGCAGCAGCUACUGCUGCUACGAUUAUGUUACUUUGUCUGCCCAGGGAAGAGGAUUUUAUUGCUGACCAUCCUUUCCUAUUUUUGAUCCGUCAUAAUCGAACAAAAACUAUAUUAUUCCUUGGUAGAUUUGCUUCUCCAUGAAGAGUAUAAUGAAUCACAAAGCCA